CGUCAGACACAGUGCCACGUCAGCAGUGCCACGUAAGCAGCAGUGCCACGUCAGCAACAUGACGGGCCUGCCAGGCCAACUGGCCAAUGAGACCAUUGCCGCCUACAAGCAGCGUUGCCUGGCUCAGAUAGAGGCUGAGGAACAACGCCUGCUGGUAGUCGAGGCUGCCCGCGUACAGGCUGAAGAGGCAGCAGCAGCAGAAAAGUUGCGGCUACAGGCCGAUGCAGACGCGGAUGCCCAGGCUCGCCGCAAGGAAGCCCAGGAUCUGCUGCAGCGGCAUGAAGCCAACAACAUCGACAGACUCAAGUACUGGCAUUUUAAACCGAACGGCGACGAGGCAACACCGGAAGAGAAGCACAAGGAGUUCCUCUCCAAACUCGUGACGAGGUUGUUAUAUGCUUGCAACUACCGAAGGAUAGUUUCCAUGGGUCAAGUUUGGCUUGACCGAGGCGGAGUACAAGGUCCGCGGCUGCUACGGCAGCUGCUAUUGGUGCAACAGCACCAAGCACAAGACCUCCCUGUGCCAAGAUCAGGGCAAGGAGGAUGUGCGACACUGCCUCAGCUCGGAAAACUGAGCUCUGCGGAAGGUGAGGCGACUCCACCUUCUACUCCGCCAGAUUCGGCCGCCUUGCUAGCGGUCUCCUGCACAUCUGGGGAGAACGCGAAUGUCACAAGUUCUCGUUACACUUACGAGGACUAUGCUGUCCACUUGGUUCCACCGCUGGACCAACCGCUCCACGUGCAACAAUCCAUCGCAUGCAUGGUUUCAUCACCAUCGGCAACGGAUUCGGCAGCUUCGCCGCAAUCUAUCGCCGCCAAGUACAAAGCAAACCGCGACAUGUGCGAGUUCACACAGCAGGAGCUGGAGUACUUGGGACACUAUGUGACGCCGCAAGGCAUCCGUCCGCUUGCGGACAAGAUCAAGGCCCUACGAGUAUGGCCCGAGCCCACCAUCACCACGGACGUUCGUUCAUUCAUGGGGUUGGCGGGCUACUAUCAGCGAUUCAUCACCAGAUACUCCAGGAUUGCUGCACCUACGCCGAGGUUACAAUUGCCAAAGGUGCCAUUCGUAUUCGAUGACGACGCACGCCGGUCAUUCCUAGCACUUAAGACGGCUAUGCUCAUGGCACCCAUCCUUAGCAUCUAUGACCCCACCCUGCCGACGCGAGUGACUACGGACGCUUCCGGCUAUGGCAUUGGGGCAGUCUUGGAACAACACGACAGCGAUGACUGGCACCCUGUGGAGUAUUUCAGCCACAAAGUGCCUCCCAUCAACUCGCUUGAUGAUGCAAGGAAGAAGGAGCUGCUCGCAUUCGUGAUGACUCUCAAACGCUGGCGGCACUUCCUCCUUGGGCGUCGUAGGUUCACAUGGAUCACAGACAACAAUCCAUUGACCUACUACAAGACGCAGGACACGGUGAGCAGCACGAUCGGACGAUGGAUGUACUUCAUCGACCAAUUUGACUUCACACCAAAGCAUGUCCCCGUCUUCUCCAAUCGCGCAGCAGAUGCACUCUCACGAAGACCUAAUCUUUGCGCUAUGACACAUCAUGCCUUCACAUUCGACGAGGAGCUUCAGCGACACUUCAUCCGGGCAUAUCAGGCUGAUCCGGACUUCGCCACGCUCUAUGCACAACUAUCUUCGGAUCACCCGCCGGCCAGCCAUUACCGCAUUGCCGACGGGUACUUGCUCCUCCACUCGAGAGGCAAGGGCUUACUAUGUGUCCCACGCGAYCGUCGUCUUCGGACUCGCCUCCUCGGCGAGUACCAUGAUUCACGACUCGCCGGCCAUUUCGGAGUUAACCGCACUAUUGCACGACUUCGACAGCGAUUCCGAUGGCCCGACCUCAUUACCGAUGUCACUCGGUAUUGCGACUCUUGCGAAGUUUGCCGACGCAGCAAGCCCCGCAACCGCAAUCCCUACGGCAAGGUUACACCCGAUGCCCAUCCCACGGGAACCCGGUCUCUCCAUUGCCAUGGACGUCACCGGUCCGUUUCCUCGCGACCGGCUCGGGCACGACGGCAUCCUCACGGUUGUGGACCGAUUGAACCAGAAGAUUGGGUUGACCGCCUCCCCGACAUCGAGUUCGCCUACAACACUUCGGUGCAUCCGGCGAUCGGCGUGACUCCAUUCGAGUUGCACCACGGUGGACGGAAAGGMYGGAUCUUCGCCGACCUUCUCCUCCCUCGACCAACCGACAUUGACGCUGCCUUCUCUCCCUCUUCCAUCCGGAAGUACAGGGAAUUGCUGACUCAAGCCCGCGCAAAUAUGCAAAAGGCUCAAGUCCGCAUGCAGCAGCAAGCCAACUGGCGUCGCGUACCAUGUCCCAUCCACGCCGGUGAUCUGGUUUGGGUCUCCGCGGAAGAGUUUGCACUGGAACAGGAUGUUUCACGCAAACUGCUUCCCAAGUGGUUUGGACCUUGGUCUGUGACAGCAGCCGUGGGCGAUGAGCCCGAUGGCCCUUCAUUUGUGAUCAACAUUCCAGAGCAUCUGACGGUCCAACCGGUCUUCCACGCCCCGAAGCUGGCAACUUACACGCCAGCCAAGAGCGACGACUUUCCGGACCGACGAUCGCAGGACCCUCCUUCUAUGGAUGGCCAUCAGGAAGUUGACCGCGUCAUCUCCGAUCGCAAGUAUGGCAGCAAGCCGCGGCAGUAUAAAGUCACAUUCAAAGCAUGCGAUCGCGACGACACUAGGUGGAUAUCAGGCGCAGAUUUGAAAGCAUCCGCACCGCUGAUCUACGCGCAUUAUGAAAAGCGCAGGUUAGCUCAGGAAGCUUCACGACCAGCCCCUCCCACCCGGACUGUGGUCCCUCCCUCAGACAGACAGCUUCGCCCUCACAGGUAAGCUCGGUUCUUCAAGAAGGUGUGGGUGUGGCAUACUGCGUAGCACACAGGCCCUGCAGGGCCCGUCCCGGACAUUCAGCCUAAAAGCCUA